GGCGUCGACGGCGAGCACUUCCGGGAUCGAUUUAUUGUGUCUAGACAAGACAUGAUAAAUCGAUCCCAGAAGAUCGAUUGCUUACCGCCGGACCUGGAGGUAAGUGUAGACCUACUAGUUUUUCCCCUGAUCAGGCAAACACUUGAACAAACUGUAAACCAAACUUCACCUGAGAGAGAUCGCGCCAAAGCUCUUGGAAUUCCCAUUUAUCACAAUGUCAUCUUUUAAAUCAUACAAGGUAUGGGGUGGUGUUUAGUCAUUAAAGCUUGGGUCUGGAUUGCCAAGCAGUCUGGGUUCUAUUCCCAACUGCGCCACUGACACUCUCUAAGUUGACUUUGGGCAAGUCACUCAACCGCUCUCUGCCUAAGUUUCCCCUUUUGCAAAAAAUACAAGGAUAUUUGCUCACCUUUAGUGAAGUGCUUUGAGAUUGCUAUAAAAGUGCAAAGUCGGGUAUGUUUUAAUACAUGCUGGACAGAGCUUAAACAGAAGAGCUUUUAGUGUCCUUAAUUAUUAAAGAACAUGAUCGUAUCUUAUCUCUUGCACUAACAUACACGUCUCAUUAGUUCCUUCUUUUAAAGCAGCAAUUCUAAAUGCAUUGUUAUAUCUGCAACGACCAUCUCUUGCUGAGAAGGAAGUGGAUGAUCUGUUGUUUUGCAAGUGCUAUGUUUGUUUCACUUUUCCUUGAGUGGAAGUCAUGGCUGGUGUUUAAAAACAAUACUGUGGCAGGUGACUGAGGAGAAAUGAUUGCUUGGGAUCUUUUGGUCUCUCUGGCCCCAUCUACACCAUGAAACUGACCUAUUGCUGAAAGCAGCUGGUGGUCCUGAACUGGUGCUGAAAACAGCAUAGGUAGGCUAAUGUAUAGAAGGUUAAACUGUUUCCAUUGCCAUUACAGAAAGCGUGAUUGGCCUCUUUCCCCUAAUCUCAGUCAGACUGUCUGUAACUGUGCUGAAAAGCACAAUAGCAGGUAAAUAUUUCCAGCACAGAUUUAGUGAGAUCCCCAAAUCCUAAUACAAAUAGGGCUUAAGGAAGUCGUUAUUUUCAUGAGAUGGAUCUCUUUAGGUUUACUCUCCAUAUGGGGGAUGUGAGCCUCAGUGAUUGCUGUCAUCAGUAACUUUAAAAUCCUAAAGCAAAUGUUCAUAUCCAGCACAUACUUUGAAAGAGAUGGAAAUGCUCUUUUCUGCAGAGCUCCUUUGUUUGGAUUAGAAGAGGAAGUAAAUGUUGCAUUUCAGGACCUGGAGAGCUAUUUUAAAACUAAAGUGCUGAGCAAGUUGCAGCCCCUUGCACACAACUUGUGUCAAUUAAAGAGAGGAAGUUGGAACAGAUGAGUGGCAAUAGCAUGACAGAGAAAGGACAAUCUAGUCCUUUAGUUCAUGUGUACUGUCUUCUGUCAUCUGAUGUCUGCUCUACAAAGAAAACCCCACAGCACAGAGUCUGAGCACGUGUCCGUUAGCUUGGGCUGUGGGGCUAAAAAUAGCAAUGUCCAUGUGCUAGGUUAGGGUCGAGCCUGGGCUGUGAGAUCCUUCCCGCUCACUGCGCAUCAGAGCCCGAGCUCCUGCCUGAGCUGGAAUUUUGCAGUUUUUAGCCCCGCAGCCUGAGUCAAUCGACCCGGGCUCUGAGACUUGGUGCCACGGGGCUGUUGUUGCAGUGCAGAGACGCCUUUAGAAUGACUUUCGCACUGCAGUAAACUUUGGGGCAGGCUGUGUUUAAAAAACACUUCUGCAUAUAGCUAUUUACAUUAACAACUUUCUGCAAUUCUCUUGCAGAUCAUGAGUUAUUUUCCCCUCACAACUCAGCUGGCCCCUCCUGCUAACUAGACAGCAUCAUCUAGUGGUUACAACAGAGGAUUUGGGAUUCAGGAGACCUUGCUUCUACUCUGUUUGCCAAGGACUCCCUUUGACUUGACACAACUCAUUUCACCUCCCUGUGCCCCCAUUUGCCCCCUGUAAAAUGGGUUUAAAAACUCAUCCCCCUUUGUAGAGAGCUUUCAGAUCCUCUGAUGGAAGGUGGUAUAUAAAGGUACGCUGAUGUUGUAGCUAUAGUGUCAUUAUACCUUUACCUGCUCAAGGAAGAGGAGUAGAUGGGCUGGGAGGGAACACUUUAACUAGAUGAAGUGCAUUUGUUAGCAUGUUUUUUCACUUGUGUGAAAAGACCUUUUUGUGACUUUAGCUGGAACGAGAGCUUUGGAGCUGUACUUUGGACAUGAUGGUAUUUACUAAGCUUCCUGUGUGUCAUAGUAUAUACUGUAUUAGCUUUUGUAAAAAGCCAAAAAUCUACAGGCGCUCCACCUUGCAUUCUCUGCCUGGUCUUGUCACGAAAACACAUCAGCAAAAUCUUAAAAUCUGUACCCCAGCACAGAGUACAGAAUCCCAGAUCUGAUCAAAAUUCUCUCUGAAUAGGUAUAAAAAAACAGCAACAAGGGAUCCUUUAUAGUAAAACAGCAAAAUUUGACUUCAGUAAGUCUGAUGAGCACAACUUGCUAUCAUUCCUUACCUAAUCUCGAUACCUCACGACCAAACUGGGUCACUAUAACUCUACAAAUAUUAGUUACAUUUAUUCACUUGUGUUUCUGUGUUUCUUUCUGGGAGCUGCACGUAGUAGACACAUUAAGUCACUUGGAAUGUACUGGGAGGGCAGGAUACAAGAACAGUAAUGGUUUGUGUGAUUGGUAAUGCCCGAUACCCACGCUGUAAGCCCCCAAGUUUUCCUGCUAAUGCUAGAAAUGGAUGUUCUUGACUGGAAAAAUCGAUGUUGGCUGUUGUGUUACUGCUGACGAGUAAUUCAGUUUUCAAAUGGAAUUGUCAGAUUAGUUUAAUCAGUUUUCCCUCCUCCAAGCAAGCCAGAUUGUCAGAACUGAAACUAAGGCUGGUAUUUUCAAAGGAGCUGAAGGGAGUUAAGUACCCAGUUCAGUGAAUUUCAAUGGGAUUUGGGCAUCUAACUCCCUUAAGCUUUUUUUCCUCCACACGAUGUGCUCCUAACCCAUUACUUUGUGUGUUUCUUUGAUCUUUUUGUAAACUUGACACUUCUUUCUGUAAUCUUCUCUGAAAUCAAAAUGGUUCUUAAAAAUAAGAGGAUUGUGAGGACACUUCCGAAAUCUAGUAUUUCAGCAGAGGUCCCUGUUUUAUUCAUCCCUUGGUUUGGAUUCUCUCAUUUGUGACUUUUCUUGUUUUGUUCAAGGUAUAGUUUGUUGAAUGGAAAACAGGUUUUUCUUCGAGGGCCAGAUCUUAGUUUAAGCCAGUGAAUAAUUCAGACACACACCUUUUUGUUCUUGUUCUCUCCAGGCUGGACAGGUUUAGUAGAUAGCUGGAUAAUUUUGAACUUUCAUCCUUCACUGUUUCCAGAGACAAGGCAUGGAGGAGUUUGCUCUAGGUUCAUCUGUGGUACCAUUACUAAAUUCACUUUUUAAAGAAAUCCAUGUACGGGUUGAGCCAGAUCCUGAACUGACGUAAAGCAGCACCGCUUCGCUGAAGUCCAGGGAAGUCGAUUGGCUUCCAUCAGUUGAUGAUCUGGCCCCUUACAUCUGAGAAUGCCGUUCCUUUCUCUUUUUAAAAGAUGUCUCUCAAUUUGAAUGGUGUGUGAGGGGGAGAGCACCACUGUCUUUUAAAAACUGGUGAACGCAAGUUUUGAUGAGAGUGUAGGUUGUAAUCUAGUGCCAACCAAUAAAUGCACCAGUAUUUCACACAAACUGUGCUUACUGUGGUGUUUCUUCUUCCUAACGUUGUUCCCAGACACUGUGAACUUUAAACACCGUAUGGAAGGAUGAAAAAGAAAAACAUGCUUGAAGGAGCAAGUUGCCUCUGUGAAUCUGCCAGCUGGCUGGGAGUGAGUGGCCAGAGGCAGGGCUUUCUUGGGGGAGGCCCAUCCUCCUGCAUUGUGGAAGUUGCACACUGUGAUGGGGUGUUCAAACCCAUGUCAACCAGCCUUUGGAGAUGAUCCAGAGAAGGUGUUGAGAAGCCAAAUGAGAUGCCCCCAGUGAUGCCGGCAGCACUCCCUUCCCUGAGCGACCUCCCCUUGAUCGCACCUUGAGAUGUCCUCCCUGAGCCCCCCUGGCCAACGGAACAACGCUGGACCAUGAAGUCCCCCAGUGCUGUGAUCUGCAGGGAGAAGCUGGCUCUGAAUGUUUACCCUUAUGGCUCUGAACAGGAUGGCUGGGAAGAGGCCAGGGAUGAGGACGUGAACUCAGCCCAGAUCAACUGCACCAUAAACCACCUGGAGCAAGCUGGUUGGUACUGGGGUCCCCUCACAGCAGCAGAGGCCAGACGCGUUCUCUGCCCUGCCCUGGAAGGCUCCUUCCUGAUGCGUGACAGUUCCAGCCCAGACAACCUGCUCACCCUGUCGGUCAAAACCUCUGUCGGGCCCACCCACAUCCGGAUCUGCUACAGCGCCGGCCGCUUCGGCUUCGACUCGUCCGUCCUGGCCAAGCCCAAGCUCCAGAGCUUCAAGGACGCCAUGGCCUUGGUCCAGUUCUACUCCCUGGCCUCGCUGAAGCAAGCCAAACGGCUGCGGCCGUCGGAGCAGGAGACCACGUCCGUGUCCAAGGAUCCGGCCAUCCACCUGAAACUGAUCAAGCCCCUGUAUGUCUCUGUGCCGGCUUUGCAGCACCUGUGCAGGCUAACUAUCAACAGGAGCACUCGGCAGGUCUCGGCCCUGCCCUUGCCUGUGAGGCUCAAGGACUACCUGCUGAAGUACCCAUACGUGCUCUGAGUCUCCCCCCCCACCUUACUCACCUUUCCAUCCUACCGUGGCAAAACAUGGUGCUCUCCCUGCAACCCACGCUGAUCCAGCACCAGCACUGAUGGCCUCCAAAGGGUCCCUGGCGUUGCUCAGCUGGAGUGCUGCCGUACGUGGCCUCGGGGUCAGGUACAAGUGUGAGGAACUGAGCGAAAGGCAGGGAUCUCCGGAGCUCAGAUCGAAGCAGGCCGGGGGCAGAAAGCGUGUUUUUUUUUUUGUUUUUUUUUUUCAGGCUCUGUCUGGCUCUGUCGUCCCUAGCUAGGGCCGCUAAUAAAAAUUCAUUGUACUAUU